AUGUCUCUGUAUAAUAUAGAUGAUGAUGAAGAAAAAGUUAUAAUUCAUGGUUCCCCUUUUCGCUUGCUAAUAACUGCUAAUGAAAAGUAUUUAGCUGUAAUUUAUGAAUGGGGCGAACAAGAAGGUCAUUACUAUUUAUUUAGAAUUUAUGAUAUAAGAAUUACUAAUGAAAUAGCUUUAGGAUAAUGGUUAUGGGUGAGACAUAAUUAUUACAAAAAUAUACAACAUUGUUUUGACCGUUAUUCUACAUAUUUUAUUGAGGUCUACAAAAACAUUAUAACAUUAGUUAAUCUAUAGAAAAAAACAUAAAAAAAAACAUUGCUUUGGGAAUUGAAAAAUAUUUGGAUAUUGAUGAUACUGGUUUCAUAUAUAUACUAAGUAAUGAUUGUGUGUAUCAAUAUUCAAUAAACAAUGAAGAAUUCCUAGAUCGUUUUUCGUUUGUAAACUCUAUAGACUUCAAAAUAAUGUCCAACUUACCAAACUAUGCAUUGACAAUUUAAGUGAUAAGCAAAUAAUAAUGGAUAAUUUUAGAAGAUUUACAUCGUUAAAAAUUCUCGAAAAAAAUAAGUUAAUCCAAACUGAGUGGAAAAGAAAUACACAACUUAGAAAACCUAUUUUAUUUCGAAACAUAAACACUUGAAAUAGAUGAAGGAAUGGAUGAUAAUUGGUAGAUUUUAAGUGGAACAUUGGGAUAAAUGAGAUCUGGUAAAAUCCUCAGAAAAUUAGUUUUUGCAGGGAUGCGGGAAAAAUAAUUUAUUAUAGAUAAAACUCAAGUCUCUUUUUGUGGUAUAAUUGAUUAUGCAAAUUUAUUCAAAUUUGACUUAUUGACAGGGAAGCAUAAGAUAACACCAACUUAAUUCAAUUAUAAGUAUCAGGAUGUCGUGAAAGUUUCAAAAAAUGCUAUCGUAUACUCUAACAGAGGUGGAAAUCAAAUGGUAUUUGUUAGAUUAAAAUGA